UUUCCUUCCAAAUUUCGUUUUGCUCUUGCAAAGUUUUUUUUUUCCCACUUUUUCUGUACGUUUUUUUUCAGGUAUGCAGUUAUUACAGGAGCCAACAAAGGGCUUGGGUUUGCAGUGUGCAAGCUCCUGGCUUCCAAAGGGAUUGAGGUGGUAUUGACUGCUAGAGAUGAGAAGAGAGGACUUGAGGCUAUUGACAAGCUGAAGUUAGAGUAUGGUCUCUCUGAUCAUGUCAUUUUCCACCAGCUUGAUGUCUCUGAUCCUGCCAGUGUUUCAUCGCUUGCUGACUUUGUUGAGCACAAAUUCGGAAAGCUCGAUAUUCUGGUGAACAAUGCUGGUGUUACCGGAGCCAUUAUCGAAGCUGAUGCUUUGAGAGUUUCCGGCAUUGGAAAGAAGCAAGUCGAUUGGAGUAAAAUUAUAACAGAGACAUAUGAAUUAACUGAAGAGUGCCUGAACAUUAACUAUUAUGGUGCCAAAAGGAUGGUUGAUGCAUUCAUUGGCCUCCUCCAACUAUCAGACUCGCCCACGAUUGUCAAUGUUUCCUCGUCGAUGGGGAAGCUAGAGAAUCUACCGGAGGGCUUGGCUACAGAAGUGUUCAGCAAUGCUGAAAGCCUCACAGAAGAAAAAGUGGACAAGGUAUUAAAGGAGUUUCUAAACGAUUUUAAAGAAGGUUCUCUAAAGACCAAAGGCUGGCCAGAUCAUCCAUCUGCAUAUAGAGUCUCUAAAGCGGCCUUGAACGCGUACACGAGAAUUAUAGCGGCAAAUUACCCCACAUUUCAUAUAAAUUGCGUCUGCCCUGGAUUUGUCAAGACGGAUAUAAAUUGCAACACCGGUUUCUUGACUCCGGAGGAAGGUGCAGAAGGUCCCGCGAGUCUGGCCUUGUUGCCCGAUGGCAGUCCAUCUGGUCGAUUCUUUCAAGGGACAAAAGAGGAUACAUUUUGAUAGGAGAUGUUCCAUUGUUAGAUGAGGUAAUGUAGAGAUUUGAAAUCUAUUGUCUAUGUGUGAGAUUUAGAACAUUGGAAUCUCUAAUGCAAGAUUCUGAUACAUUGGGGCACAUUCAUGGGACUUGUUUGGCGCGAGAUAUAUGAUUUGACAUCCGCAAUAAUAAAC